UCUCUCUCUACCUCACUAUUUUUCUUCUUCUUCUUCUUCUUCUUCUUGGUCUUGCUCAAUGAGAACCCAAGAGGGGGAGAAGUUCACGGACUACUUCGAGAAGUGGGUGUGCCGGCUCGAGGAGUACUCUCAGCAGCUCCACAGCGCGUCCAGGGAGGCCUCCAUCACCGAGCAGGAGCUCCGGGCCCUCGUCUCCAAGCUCACGGCCCACCACAAGGAGUACUACACCACCAAGUGGGCUGCGGCGGCUGUGGGGGGCGGCGGCGACGUCUUCGCCUUCUUCUCGCCGCCUUGGUCGACCCUGCUCGAGAACGCCUACUCCUGGCUCACCGGCUGGAAGCCCUCCGCGGCGUUCCGCGUCGUCGAGGCGCUGCGGGCGAGGGGCGCGGCCAUGGCGGAGGACCAGAUGAAGAGGAUCGAGCAGCUGAGGGCGAGGAUCAGGCUCGAGGAGGAGAGGGUGGAGCGCGAGAUGGAGCGGCAGCAGGUCGCGGUGGCGGACCGUAGGAUGGUCGAGCUCGCGCGCCUCGCGGGCCGGCGGGGCGAGGCCUCCGCCGCCGCCGCGGCCACUGCUGACAAGGUGGACGGGCUCGUGGACGCGGCGGUGAAGGGCCUCGCGAGCGGGCUGGAGCGGAUCAUGAAGGCCGCGGACUGCGUGCGACUGAAGACGCUGAAGGGGUUGCUGGACGAGCUGAGCCCGUCGCAGGGCGUGGAGUUCCUGGCCGCCAUGUCGACGCUGCAGGUCCAGGUGCGGCGGUGGGGGAAGAAGAGGCAGAGCCAAGCCGAGCACAAGUCGAGCGAAGCACACUAAAAAAGCUAAAAGCUUUCUGUAAAACCGGCAUACCAAAGCGAAAAACGUCGGGAAAAGCUCAGUUUAGAGGCGGCGGCGGCGGAUCAUCCUUAAGUUUCAUUUGGAUUUUCGUAGGCAGCUUCAUAGUUAUAGGCGUGACAUUA